AUGAGAAAUUCAACAUGUCUUCAGCCAUCAGUAGCCACUACUGUAGCUCUACCAGUCAUCUACUCUUUCCUAUGUCCUGCUGGGAGUUUUGGAAAUAUUCUUGCCGUCUGGAUAUUAUCAAGGCAAGCACCCACAAAAAGAACACAAUGCAUUUACCUGGUCAACCUUGUCAUUGCAAAUUUACUCGUAUGCAGCACUAUGCCUUUCCUGGCUGUUUAUUUUGCAAGAGGGUACCAAUGGACUCAUGACUCUCUAACAUGUAAAAUAGUACAUCACGUCGGGACUCUCAUUAUGCACGUCAGUAUGUAUGUUACGAUUACAAUUUUAUGUUCAAUUGCUUUAAGUCAGUAUGCAACACUGAAGAAAACAAAUGAUACACAAUUCUCUGAAGCAGCUAAUGAAAACUUUUAUAGAUGUGUACUUGAAAAGUUUCGUCAGCCAAAAUUUGCUAAAUAUUUGUGCAUCUUUAUAUGGCUUAUUGUGCUGUGCAUAACAGUAACAGCUAUAGCAUAUGGUGCCCAGGAGAAGGCUUUGCAAGGAACUUCCAGAUGCUACAGCAGCAACGUAGAAGCUGGUGAAUUUUAUGCAAUGAUUGCAGCUUCUCUUGCCACAUCAUGGUUUUUUGUAUCAUUUAUGAUGGUUUUGCUGUCAUACUAUUCUCUUACCAGACAUUUGAGUAAAAUACAAAGAAAUACCUGUAUUGGAGGAAAACAUUUAAUUUAUGGAACAGUGAAAAGAAACAUUCUUGUAAUCCAGGUGAUAUUAACUGUCUGCUUUCUUCCGUAUCAUAUUUUUAGGCCAGUUUUUUAUAUUCUGGUUAUAAAUAAAGACUGCCCAAGGUUAAAUUAUCUAGUAGAAAUAAAAAAUUUCCUUACUUGUCUUGCGGCUGCUAAGAGUAGCUUAGAUCCAGUUAUAACUCUUCUGCUAGAUAAAACAUUUAAGAAAAGUCUGUAUGGCCUGUUUAAAAAAUCUACACCAGAACAUCACAAACGUAAAGCUGAUAUUUUCACUGAUGAGAUUCCCGAAAUGUAA